AUGGCCUUAAGGCGUAUAUCUAAAGAGUUACAGGACUUAAGUGUAGAUCCUCCAACCCAGUGUUCAGCUGGACCUAUUCACGAUGAUCUGUUUGCCUGGCAAGCCACUAUUAUGGGACCUGCUGAUAGUCCAUAUGAAGGUGGGAUAUUCUUCCUGGAAAUACAGUUUCCCACAGACUACCCUUUCAAACCCCCUAAAAUCAGUUUCAUGACGAAAAUAUAUCAUCCGAAUAUAAAUCUCAGUGGUCAUAUAUGUUUAGAUAUCCUCCGUGGACAAUGGUCUCCUGCCCUCACAAUAUCGAAAGUUCUACUCUCGAUUUGUUCACUAUUGACGGACCCCAAUCCAGAUGAUCCUCUAUGCCCAGAUGUCGCACGUCAGUACAAAACAGAUCGUAAGAAAUAUGAUGAGUUAGCUCGAGAGUGGACACAGAAAUAUGCUAUGGGACCUUAA